AUGUUGCUAAGAAUAUCUGCUGGACUAGAGUUCUAUGACUAUGCUCAUAUAGGUUCUGGGAGUGAAGCUCGGUGGUCCUUUAUCAGGAUGAGUGAAUUGUUUAGUAAGAAAUUUAAGAAGCAGAAGACGCGGGUCAAAGAAAAGCUGUUAGAAGGUCUUGGGAAAGCAAAGGCGACUCAAGACAAUGUGUUUGACCAGCACGCCUCAAACUUAGUGAAACAAACCAAGGCUUGUGAGAAGUUAUUUAGAGAUCUGAAAGCGUACGGGGUAGCGCUAAAAUCUUUAGUUAGUGCUCAACAAACGCUUCGAGAUACAAUUAGAGAAUUAUACGAGCCAGACUGGCCAGAAAGGGAAAAUCUGUGUGCUAUUACUCACAUUGGUAGAGAGGUAUUUCAGUCGUUGGAUUCGCAGUGGGCUGAGUUUGAAAAGAUAGUCAGUGAACAGCUUAUGGGAUCAGUGAAUGCUUAUAUGUCGCAGCUUCCAACUUUAAAAGAAAAAGUGGCGAAACGUGGAAGGAAGUUAGUAGAUUUUGACGGUGCGAGAAACAGUUAUAAUGCCAUAAAAGCUUCUUCUAAAAAGGGUGAGGAUGAUCCUAAAGUGGUAAAGGCGGCAACUGAUUUUGAAAACGCAAAGGCUUUGUAUCAUGAAAUUAAUAAUGAACUUUUGGAUGCUUUGCCAGCAGCUUAUGACAGUCGAAUAACGUUUUUCGUUGAUACCCUUCAGACACUCUUCAAUGCCGAAAGUACUAAUCAUUCCGAAUGCGCAAAAUAUAAUAAAACAUUGGUAACACAUUUGGAUACCCUUGGAAAUGCGUUUGACUCGUUAAGAGUACCUCGACCAGAAUCUGCUUCAUCAAGUCAGCAUGAAGAAAGAAGCGCUUCGCCGAUUUCCGAAAGUGCUUCUCAGCCUCAAUCAUCAUCUCUGUCUAGCACGCAAAAGUCUGUUGGGAAAGAAGAUUUGGAAACAGAGGAUAAAGUUGAAAAUAAAGUUUAUCCGAGCUUGGAUGCUGAAAAAGUUGGUCCGAUUAAUGCAGCCCAAGUAGUUUCUUCUCCACAAGAAGAAACUGAUGACAUCAAACCCUCAAGAGCGUCAUUACCAGUUUCUCAACCAAAAGUGAAAGAUGAAGAAAACAGCUCGAAAGAAGCAUCAAAUCCGUUCGACGAGGAUGAGGAGAAAGCAGAGGAGGGUAACUCUAAAGCGGGUGGAGAAGACAAAAAAGAUUCAACAAAUCCUUUCGACGAACCAGAUGAUUCUGAGCCAAAAACGCCUGAUGCUACUGCAGGGAAUGUUGAGAAAGAGCAGGAAGUGGAUGAAAAAAAAGGUCUUCAUGAUCGUAAAGUGCUUUAUAAAGUUCGCGCGACACAUCGUUAUGCUGCUGAGGAUACAGAUGAGCUUACUUUUGAUGCCGGUGAAGUGAUUGCUGUGUUGGAUCCUCGAGAAGAAGAUCAGCUUGAUGACGGUUGGUUACUUGGUGUAAAACAAUCCGAUGGUGUUCGUGGAGUGUUUCCUGCUAAUUUUACGAAAACGCUCUAA